AUACUCACCGCCUCUUGCGUUUCCCUAACGCUCUCUUCUCGGCUUUUUCUCUGCGUUUUCGAUUCUCUCCGGCGGCCGUCGCUUCCGAUUUUCGGUGCUAGACUUCGAUUUUUUUGCAGCCAUGCUUGUUUACCAGGACCUCCUUACAGGUGAUGAACUUCUAUCAGACUCUUUUCCAUACAAGGAAAUUGAGAAUGGGAUCCUGUGGGAAGUGGAAGGGAAGUGGGUUGUACAAGGAGCAGUCGAUGUAGACAUCGGGGCUAACCCUUCUGCAGAAGGUGCCGAUGCCGAUGAAGGCGUGGAUGACCAAGCUGUCAAGGUCGUGGAUAUUGUUGAUACCUUUAGACUUCAGGAACAACCUCCAUUUGACAAGAAGCAGUUUGUCACAUACAUGAAAAGAUACAUCAAGUUGCUAACUCCCAAGUUGGAUGCAGAGAAGCAAGAGUUGUUUAAGAAGCACAUUCAAGAUGCAACCAAGUAUCUGCUUUCAAAGAUCAGCGACCUCCAAUUCUUUGUGGGGGAAGGCAUGCAUGAUGAUGGAACUAUGGUUUUUGCAUACUACAAAGAGGGGGCAACUGAUCCAACCUUCAUCUAUAUUGCCUAUGGCUUGAAGGAAGUCAAGUGCUGAAGGAGAGUCCCAUAUAAUCCAACAACACACCAUACUUAUCUUAUUUUUUCUUUUCUUUUCAAUGUUUUUGUUUUUUCUUCUUUGUUUUUCAAUGUUUUUCUUGCUUAUGAAGACUCGAGUGUGUUUAUAUAAAGUUUAUGCCCCAAAGGGAAUAUAAUAUAUAUUUAUAUGGUUUGAAAUAAAA